AUGGUGCUGGUAGAACUUCCAAGCUCUAUGAUGAUGAAAAUUCUCUACAUGACCGCAGAUGGUUUGCAUCUUCUUGCACUGAGAAGACUUUCAUUUGCAGCAACAACCCCAGAGCUGGCUGAUAAGAAAAAAUAUCCUUAUUUCUUCCGGACGGUGCCAUCUGAUAAUGCAGUGAAUCCAGCAAUUUUGAAGCUACUCAAACAUUAUCACUGGAAGAGAGUAGGAACUUUAACCCAGGAUGUACAAAGGUUCUCUGAGGUGAGGAAUGAUCUGACUCGCGUCCUGUAUGGUGAAGACAUUGAAAUUUCAGAUACUGAGAGUUUCUCCAAUGAUCCUUGCACGAGUGUAAAGAAGCUUAAGGGUAAUGACGUUCGGAUAAUCCUUGGCCAGUUUGAUGAGGAAAUGGCUGUGAAAGUUUUCUGCUGUGCUUAUGAUGAAGAAAUGUAUGGCAGCAAGUACCAGUGGAUUAUUCCAGGGUGGUAUGAAAACCUUUGGUGGGAAUCCUGGAUUAAUUCCUCACAGUGUCUCAGCAAAAAUCUUCUUGCAGCCAUGGAAGGUUAUAUUGGAGUAGAUUUUGAGCCUCUCAGCUCAAAAAUUAUAAAGACCAUAUCAGGGAGGACUCCACAGCAAUAUGAAAAGGAAUACAAUGCUAAGCGUGGUGAUGGACAGUCCAGCAAAUUUCAUGGUUAUGCCUAUGAUGGAAUAUGGGUGAUUGCCAAGACUCUGCAGCGGGCAAUGAAGUAUCUCAAUGCCACCAACAAGCACCAAAAAAUUGAAGAUUUUAACUAUACAAAUCACAAACUUGGCAAAAUUUUUCUGGAUGCUAUGAAUGAAACGAACUUCUUUGGAGUAACG